AUGCCACCCUGUAACGCACUUGAAGCCUCUUGUUACCCCAGAUCCCCUCUGCCGUGCACAUCCUGGGGAGCUCCCGACGCUCCUAAGCGGGCCCUGCUAGUGCAUGGGUUGACGAGCUCAUCGCAGCUGUGGUGUCGCAUCGCGCUGCUGCUCGUUGCCCGAGGCUACCAUGUCGUCGCGCCCGACCUCCCAGGACAUGGCAUCGCCCCGCGCCUCCCCGCGUCCUCUUACUCCCUCGACGCCCUUUCUCUCGCUCUCAAACCUCACGUCACACCCGGCCCGCCAGAUCUUAUCAUUGGACACUCUCUCGGCGGAAUUGUCAUGCUCAACCUCCUCCACAAUGGUGCUAUAUGCCCGCGCCCAGGACGAUGCACACACGUGGUCAUCAUUGAUCCACCGCUUGACCUCACACUUGAGCAAUCCGACUUCUACGGGACCAUAUUCAAGGCGUCCGCGAGGCGCUCGCCGGGAGCGGAGGCGUAUAGGGCAAUGUUCCCGAAGUGGACGGAAGAGGAUGCGGCGUGGAAGGUGCGGGGAGACGAGAUGUGCGACGAGGCUUGUGUGGAUGCGUUGUUUGAUCAACAUCGACCGUGGGCUUUCAAGUAUUUGCUCGAGAGGCCUCCGGCGGAGAACGUCAGGCUGACUAUGCUCGGCGGCGACCUGGCGUGCGGAGGCGUGUAUCAUGGAGGUCAGACGGCUGAGUUCGCGCAUGUUAUUCCCAAGAGCGUGAAGGAUACUUCACACUGGAUGCCGAUGGAGGACCCGGAGGCUAUCGUGGAUGUCGCUCUGGGGGAUGUCGAACCCAAAGCCGCGCGGGAAGUCGGGAAGGCGAAACUGGCCUUCCCGAAGGUACUCAUGGCGCUCGAGCAGGCGAUGGCGUUGCUAGUGUCACUUUCAGUUCGUUCGCUGAAGAGAUUGGUCUAGAAGUGUAGUAUCCCGAUCAUAGUUGUCUUAGUGGUGUAGAAGAUAACACCGUUGCUGUACAGUAAUCCAUCCGGACCGAAGAUACGAUGUUUGCUUCAUGAGAGGAUGUGUUUGUAUCACAACAGACAGGGCACCAUUUCCCGUCGCUCGUGACACACCCGGGCCGCAAGGCUUCUUCGGGAGUAGCAGUGAGAAGCUCAAACGAGGAUGUGCGACCGAGAGAGCUUGUGUGCCAAUAAGCGUCGAGGUAGCCAGGCUCGAAUUGGAUUGGUCUGCGAAUAGGCAUCGCUCCCGGGGCGAGGUUAUCACAAGGAGCUAAUUUAGCAUGAGGACCUUACCAUGCCAACAUGGGCGAAGGUAUGAACGCGUCCGACCUAUCCGAAAGACAAGCGGAUCGAGGAAUGCCACAGGGAUUGAGCAAGAGACGAGAUACUUGCCUCACUAGGUAUAACACUAGGCAGCGUCGGUCGGACGUCUCGCGGCCGCUGGCACC